UUCGAUAGAACGAACGACAACAGCCUCGCACUUGCCGUUCUAUCGAUAUAUUGCGGUUAUGUGCACAAAUUUUCGAGUUUCCAAUUGGUUAUGUCGGCAUUCAAUUUAAUUUGUUUGUAAAAGCCCAACUACUUUUUAAUCAAAUAACUAGAAAAGCUUGAUCAAAAUUGAUAGCAAAAGUGCUCCAGUCGUUCUUACGUUAGUAGUGUUUAAUUGUUUGUUACAGUUCAAAUCGUUUUUAGUGCAGUGAGCAUGUCGUCCACCGGGUUUUCGUCAUCUCAAAGUAUAGUUCAAAACAUAAAAUAUACAGGCCCGGAGAGUGAAUAUGCGACGGAACUACAUGGCCAAGUAGUGAAUAUCCAAUGCAGUGAGGGAUCCCACAACCAUGGAAGUUCCAAAGUGAAACUUACAGAUCGAAUCGACUAUAAUUGGGAAUUCAAGUACUACCAUGGUCACUUAGUUGCCGCCCAUAUUAAAGGAAAGAUUGCGGCCUAUGCAAUGAAGGGCAAAGAAGGCGGAAUGGUAAGGGUAGUUCACCAGGAGAACCACGCAAAAAGGGCUUUAAUAAGGAACCUGAAGGACGAUAUUAAGGAACUUGCAUUUGCCUAUUCCAGUGUUGAGGUCAUUCUCGGCUGCGUAGAUUGCGAGGGAAAUAUUUUAAUUUAUAACAUCGAGGAUUCAGAAGAUUCGUUAAGUUACACACUACUCCUGCAUGUGUUCCACAAAGAGUUGCCUAGACCGAAAACCAAUUUCAGGCUAGCGUGGUGCCCUUACGUUCCCAGCAUGGAAGAACUUGAUUUUCCGGAAGAGUCCGAGAAAAUGUUCGUCAUUUUGAACGGUUCUAAAGCUGAGAUCUACAAUGUCGCCACUUUGAACCUUAAAUAUGGAAGUGAUGGACCUAUUGAUCCUGAUAAUUCUUAUGAAGGUUACACGGAAAUUAACCAUACCUCGGAUCUGGUCGAUGCCUCAUUUUCGUCGGAUGGUUGUGCCAUUGCGCUUGCCUGCAAAGACGGAUUCGUGAAAUUUUUUCAGUUGUUUAUGUGUGAUCCGGAGAUGCAAAAAUGUUUACACGAAUGGGUUCCCCAUGAAGGUAAAGCUUUAACUUCUGUAAUUUUCGUGGACAAUAUUCUGCAAUAUGCUCCGCAUUGUUGGAAAUUCGCCGUCACUGGUGCAAUGGAGAACAGCGAACUUAAGUUGUGGUCUUGUGAAACUUGGAGCUGUUUGCAGACCAUCAAUUUUUUGCCAAACCCAAAGGGAAUCAUACCAGAAUUGUUUUUCAACGUGGCCGUAGAUUAUUCAGGAAAAUAUCUAGUGGUUUCCGACAUCAAUAAUCGCGGGGUCUACGUAAUUGAACUGCAGAAGAAUGAAGAGGAGCAGCUCGUAUGCGCUAAGCAACUAGCCCACUUUUUGAUUCCGGCACCUUUUAUGAGUUUCCAUAUUCUGGAAGCUGCCACUAAGAAUAUUCCUUUUUGUUACAAUAACAGUUCGGAGGAUCUGUAUGAUGACAGCGAUACAGAGUUUGAUGAUGAAGCCGAAAUUACGGUGCAAAGCUUGAAAAUGUUGGUUAUCCAGCCGAAGAAAUUCCAGGAGUGCAACGUCACGUUCCAGCCGGACACAUUAUUGUACAAGGGUGUAAUAGUUACUGAAAAUGUUAUCGACGACUUAGUGGAUUUGACUACUGAUAAACUUAUUGAGGAUGAACCAGUAGUGGAAAAGAUGCCAGAUCUCGACGAUUUGCAAACUUCAGUAACUUUAUUGAUUCAGCAGCAGAGCAACAAUACCAAGUUAACCUUGAUGACACCGGAUGAUUUUACUUCGCCUGGUAAAUCCUCGAAAUCCAGCAGCUUGAGAAACUCAAUAACGAACGAAUCAGUUCCACCAGAAGCAGUCGAAAAAAUCAUCGACAGCGUCCGCCCAGACUUCCAACGGCCUCAAAAAGAGAAUUUUGCGAGCGCUGGGUCGAGUCCGAGUAGAGAAGUCCAAGAAAUAUUGUCCUUGACCAAUGCUUCCGCGGCGUAUCCUACCCAGGAGUAUUUUAGCAAUUUAGCGAGUCUCCAAGGACAGAACGAAGGGGAGCCUCCGCAAAAAGAUUACUCAGCCACCAGUGGCAGCGCUAUGUUGUACCAAGAUUCGCUAAAUUGGCCGAAAAUAUCUUUGGUAAAAGAAUCUAAUCCCAUCAAACAACUGCAGGACGGCGGCAACCUGAACAAGCAGGAAUUAGAGACUGUAUAUCUGCGGAUGAACGGCAUGGAAGCUAGCCUCAAGGAACAAUCAAUUCUGAUGGCUCAACUGUUCGAACAUAUGAAAUCUUUGAAUCAGUCGGUUGUGAGUAACAGUGCUUCCAGAUCGACCCAGAACGAGUUUGCCGAUUUCACUAAGGAAAUCGAAUCUGUGAUACUGAAACAGCAUCUACAAGUCGCCAAAAUGCUCGAGAAUGUCAUUCACCUGCAACAGGGCAAGCACAGGGAACUGCAGGAGAGUAUCAUGAAUGCUGUCGGACAAGUUUUCAAUAAGACAGUACCCGAGAUGGUCACUGAAAUCGUACAGCACGAAAUUCAGUUCGCCGUGUUGCCAGCGAUGCAGAAAUUAAUGGAAACUUACUGGCAGAAAUUGGAAUCGGCUAACUGUGAAAAGAUUGCCAGUCUGGGAGAUGUUGUGGAUGAGAAUUUGGCCAAAAUAGUCAACUCAAAGUCGUUCGAAGAGAAAAUUGCUCGUUCCAUUGCCUUGCAAGUGACUCCCCAUUUGGAAAAGUCCUACCGAGAAAGCAUCGCGCAAAAUCUCGUUCCUUCUUGGGAAAGAGUCUGCGCCCAAAUGUUCCAACAAAUCAACGACACGUUUUACAGAGGCACAAAAGAGUAUACGGCUUCAGUGGAGGCGCAUGUGGAGCGACAACGUAGGACCCAAGAGUCCAGUAAAGAUAUCAUCGUUCAUCUGAAAAGCGCUUCUGAAAGCCUGAAGGCGAACGCGGAUAAGCUGACGGAUUCGAUGUCUUCACAGCUUCAAGCUCAACUGCUCUCUCUUUUUAAGACUGUUCAAGACAAGUUGGUCGUCAGUGUCAAAGAUAUGGUCAGCAGCGAGAUCCAAAAGGGAUUUAACAACCAAGUUGCUGUUAUACAAGAAGGCGUUCUAAAUGCCGUGAGUAGAUCUAGGACAGUCACUCCUGCUCCGCACGUCGAUACUCAUUUGCAGACAAUGGCACAUAUACAGCAGGCCUUAGCAAAACGCACGUUUGAUGAAGCCUUCCAAUUGGCGCUCUCCGCUGAAAACUUGAACAUGGUGAUAUUCGUCUGUGAACGUGUCGAUGCAAACAAAGUGUUUGGGGAGAAAUGUCUGCUGUCGCAAAGUGUUUUACUAGCACUCAUUCAGCAGCUCAGCAUGGAAAUGCACAAGAAUUCCCAGAUCAAAUUAAGUUACCUACGCCCAGCGUUCCUGGCGCUCUCUCCGGACGGAGCCAGCACAAAGCAAUUCAUUCCAAAAGUAUUGACAGACUUGCUGAAGCAACUAACUCUCUUCAUGCAAACUAAUCCUCCUUUGAAAGAGAUGAACGACGCCCGGAUUUUGAAGAUGGCCGUAGAGAGUAUGCUGAGUUUCACUGAUGAAUGAAACUGCAGAUUAAUGUGUAGACUGAACGGUUUGUGAGUCUGAAAGUGAGUUUUUAAUUUUUAAUAGUUUUCGUAUUUUAUAUUAUCCAGUACCUCAUUGACUUGUUUAAUUAUUAUUUCUAAGCAAAUUACGAAUUAUUUGAGACUAAAAGUAAGUUUUAUA